AUGAGCGAACUAUCGAAGAAAGAGCAUGCGAAAGCAGCAGCAGCAGCAGCAGCAGCAGCAGCAAUAGGAGAAGCAGCAGCAGCAGCAACAGCAGCAGCAAUAAGAGCAGCAGCAGCAGCAGCAUCAACAGGAGAGGACAUAUUAAGCCAAGCAACAAUCAAUUGCAGCAGAAGCCCCGCCCUCGCGGCAGCAGCAGCAGCAGCAGCAGCAGCAGCAGCUGCUGCUGCUGCAGCUCAGGCCAGCUUUAAGGCCAGCUGCAGCAGCAACAGCAGCAGCAACAGCACCAACUGCUCUAGGAUCAGCAGCAGCAAGAACAGAGGAGCGGGAUCGCCUGCAGCGGAAGCAGCAGCACGCCAAACAGCAGCAGCAGCAGCAACAGCAGGGACUCCCCCCGUUUCUUCUUUGUCAAGAAUAUCAGCAUCCUGCUGCUGCACCCCUGAGGAGCUCCAGCAGCAGCAGUUGGGGGCCCCUUGCUGCUUCUUUGGGCCCCCCGUGAACACAUCUAUAGCCGUUUCGGGUGUAUCGACAGCGGCAAGAGCAGCAGCAGUCGCAGCAGCACCAGCAGCUGCAGCAGCUGCACCAGUUGGAGCAGCAGCAGAAUCAAGAGCAGCAGUUUCAGCAGCAACAGCAGCAGCACGAACAGUUGCAACAGUUGCAGCAGUAGCAUCAGCCGUUGCGGCAGCAGCAGCAGGUGGAGCAGCAGCAAGUGCAGCAGCAGGAGCUGUUUCUUUUUAUCAUUCGUUCUUAGCGGCAUGCAUCCUGCAGCAGCGCAGAUAUGGGGGCCCCCUGGGCUUUCAGGCUGAAGCCUGCAGCAGCAGCAUCAGCAGCAGCAGCAGCAGCAGCAGCAGCUCUUCUAUUUUGCUUUCUUUUUCUCCCUCAUCUCUGGCUAGACAGCAUCUUUUCAUGGGGGGCCCCCAAGCACUCUCAGCAGUGGGGGAUAGGAUUAAGGCUGCAGCAGAAGGCAAAGAUUACUAUGGGAUCCUCGGGGGGGCCCCCCCCAUUAGGGGCCCCUUUGAGGGGCCCCCAGGGGGCCCCUUUGAAUUAAUAAGCCCGCCUCUUGAGGAAGAUUUGCAUGCACAUGCGCAGACACUGCAGCGCUUCUAUCUUAAUCCAAUUAGUUGGCUUGCAGCAGAGCAGCAGCAGCAGCAGCUUCUAGCAGCAGCAACACCGGAAGCUGACAGCGAAGGGGGUGUAGAGGCAUUAGAAGGGGCCCUACAAUGGGGCCCCCUUGCCCGUGGAGGGGCCCCCAAAGGGGCUUCCCGAGCAUACUGGGGAGAGAGAGAUGAGGGGUCUCCUUUGGGUGGCCUUGGAGGGUCCCUUGGGGGUCCUGCUGCUGCUGCAGCAGCAGCAGCAGCAGCAGCUGCUGCUGCUGCUGCUGCUGGGAGUUCUUUGGGUUUAGUUAGACGAAGAUUGGGGGCUGAUAACCGCAGCAAAGUGGGGAGCUUUAAGGGGCCCCUUGGGAAGGGGAGGGGUCAUCAUCCGGGGCCCUACAAGUUUGAUGCUGCUGCGGGGCCCCAAAUGAUGCAGCAGCAGCAGCAGCAGCAGGCAAAUGCAGAGGUACCCACUAUGGGGGCCCCCCUGGGGGCCCCCAUGGGGACCCCAAUGGGGCCCUCAAUGGGGGCCCCAAUGGGGCCAACGGGGGGGCCCCCUGGGGGCCCCUCCUCCGUUGGGGGGGGCCCCCGGGGGCCCCUCUCUUGGCCUCAGCGAGGAGAUAGGGCCCCCCACGAGUUUUAUCAAGAUACGAAGCGGGGCCCCACAGUAAGGGGGCUUCGGUGGACGCCAGACCCUCGCGUGCUGCACCCAGAAUUGCUAAAAGAUUUUGUUGGGGAGACUAUUACCCCUGAGCUGUCUAAAGAGAGACUCUUAUGGCAAGACGCUUACGGGUUUAAUAAGGAGUUGUAUGUCUCAAGUGCUGCGAGGAGAGGAAGCCGCUUUAAAAUUAUCUUCACUGAUGUGUUGGGUGCGGGUGGGAUAGGGGUUGUACUCUCGGCGAUCGACGUAACAAACAACAGGCGCUUGGCUGUGAAGGUCUGCCGCCUCCGCAACCGCAGCAGAAGGGGCCCUCAGUACGAUCAAGAUGUUUUAAAAAGAAGAGUGCAGCAAGAGAUUUCUCUCUGGAAGUUCGUUCCCCCCGGUGUUGAUGUGCAGCAGUGGGCACAGGUGUCUCAAGUGGUGAUUCCGCUGGACUUGGUUGAGCCGGUGGAGAAGAUUUUGACGACAGACGCAGAAAGCAGCAUCUACUCGCACGAAUGGGUCGUCUUCGAUGUGUUCGCUGGAGAUCUCCUCAGCGUCAGCGAGAUAUGGAAAAGCCGAAUGACUGUGCGAAUAGAAGUUACGAAGCAGGUUAUGUACUCCGCAAUGAGUCUGCAUGCAAUGGGGCUUGUGCAUUCUGAUAUUAAAGCCCCAAACUUCUUUAUUCAACAGGACGGAAGAAUAUUCUUAGGUGACAACGGCUUGUGCACGCCAGUGAAUCAGAACACAGAGUGUUUGAACGGAACUCGGCGUUAUUUACCUCCUGAGAAUAUGCGUUGUCAAUUAUACGAGAAGAGACGAAUAUUAACGUCAGAGAGGAAAGACUCUUGGGCUGUAGGCGUUCUUCUCUUUCAUUUGUUUUGUUCUGCUCUGCCUUUUGAUGUACCCCCCAGCGACUUCGUUGGUAAGUGA